UGCGUUCGAAUUACUUGGAUUGAAAAUGGCACGCGAUAGAUUAGCAGCCUUGAGGGCUCAACAAAAUGCCAACGGUGGUAGCUACGAUCAAAUGCAGCACAGCUAUUCAACUCCACAAUACGAAAUGGACGAUGUCUCCAUCAAGAACGUCUCAACUAUAGGCGAUAUGUCUGCUUUCUUUAAUAAGAUAUCUGAUAUACAGUCCUCUUUAACUAAUUUACAAGGAAACAUUAAUCAAAUAUCUCAAUUACAUAACCAAUCUCUUAACAAUAUGGAUGAAUUAGCUCAAAAUCGCGUUCACGCUGAAUUAGAUUCUUUAGUUUCACACACUUCAAAGUUAACUAACAAGAUAAAAACUGAAAUCAAAUCUUUAGAGAAAGAGAACGCUUCUGGCCAAGUUCCUUCAAACGAUUUAAACGUUAGAAGAACUCAAAUCGCUUCGGUUAAAGGAAAGUUCUUAGAAACUAUACAAGAUUAUCAAAAGGUUGAACAAAACUCUCGCACUAAGCAAAAGCAAAGAAUUGAAAGACAAUACAGAAUAGUCAAACCUGAUGCUUCACCAGAUGAGAUUGAACAAGCUGUUGAUAGUCCAGAUAAUCAAAUAUUUAGUCAAGCUUUAUUACAAUCUAAUAGAUAUGGUGAUGCUAAAUCUGCUUAUAGAGAAGUUCAAGAUAGACAUCAAGACAUUAAGAAGAUUGAGAGAACCUUAACAGAAUUAGCUCAAUUAUUCAAUGAUAUGUCUAUUUUGGUCGAACAACAAGAUGAAACUUUACAAAACAUUCAUGCUUCAGCAGAAGAGACCAACAAAGAUAUGGAAUUGGGUUUGAUCCAAACUGAAAGAGCUGUUAAGUCUGCUAGAGCAGCUAGACGUAAGAGGUGGAUUUGCUUCUGGAUCACUAUUGUCGUACUGGCUAUUAUUGCCGUAGUACUUGGUUGUGGUAUUUACUUUGGUGCUGUUCGCCCUGCUCAAAGAAACGAAGGUCCAGUUGCUAGUGCUUCUAGUGCAUUCUAAGGUGGUCUUAAUCACUUUCUACACACACACGCCCCAACUAAUCCAUAAUUACUGAUAUACUCAAUGGAAUUCCAUUUCUUGAUCCUAUUCAAAGCAACUUUUCUACUUUCCUUAAUCUGUUUAUUGUUUAUUUUUAACUUGAUUAUACAUCUUUCAUAAUGUUUUACGUUGUAAUUCAUAAUGUUAAAAUACCGAUAUUAAACUCUUAAGUCCGAAUACAUUUGUAUAACUUAUCUGAUGGAUUACUUAUUUUGUACAUCCCC